UGGUCAGAGCUCAGUCAGUGAGACAUGUCGCAGAUGCUACAGCUAGACGCGUUGGUCAUGGCCAUGGCGUGCCUUACCACAACGCAAACGGAUCUGGGCGGGGGACUGGGGAUGGUGCCACCCAUUCUGGAUAAUUCGGUGAGUCAUAGAGGAUUCUACAUCGAUCUAUCUUUAUCCUAUCUGUAUCUGCAGACUAGCUGUCCCAUCUCUGCGCUUAGUGGCCUCACCACACGCCUGCAGGCCCUGACCAAUGACAUUGCGAGUGUCAAGGAGCAGAUCGGCGGCCUCCAGGAGCAGCUGGUGGACCUGCGAAGGAGUGGCGGUCCCGCUGGCUAUCCAGUGUCCCUGGGCUUGCCGAAUGCCAUCGGAUCGCGACUACCUAUCUCCUCCCUCUCUAGCCUGGAUGUGGAUGUGUCCCAGUUACUGGCAGCCCAAGGCGGCCCCGGGGCGGGGGGUGGUCCCACAACGCCGAGCAACUGCCUCAAGCAGCAGCACGGUGUGGUGCGGAUACGAACCCGUGCGAAUGUGGAGCCCUUCUUCGUGUUCUGCGACCAGAAGGUGCGUGGCGGCGGCUGGAUCAUGGUGGUCAACCGAUACGACGGCAGCGAGGACUUCAAUCGCAAGUGGGCCGACUACAAGAUCGGGUUCGGGUCCCUCACCACCGAGUUCUUCAUCGGGCUGGACAAGCUCCGCCAGAUCACCAGCAGCGACAACUACGAGCUUCUCGUGCAGCUGCAGAACCGCAAGCAGGAGCUGCGCUAUGCCCUAUAUGACCACUUUGGGAUCGGCAGCGAGUCGGAACAGUACCACCUGAACGUCCUCGGGAAGUACCAGGGCGAUGCCGCCGACGCUCUGCGCCAGCACGAGGGCAAGAAGUUUAGCACCCAGGACAGGGACAACGACGAAAGUGAGGCCAAUUGUGCGGCCGCCCAGUCGGCGGCCUUCUGGUACGGCAGCUCCUGCAACCUAAGCAAUCCCUUUGGCUUGUAUCAGCGACUGCUCGAUCGGGACAAGGACGAGUACAAGGGUAUUCUGUGGCGCGGCUUCCUCGAUGGCCCCAAGGGCUCCCUGAAGAUUGUACGCAUGAUGGUCCGCCCCCGCAGCGGAACGUCGUAGGGAUCAUCGUUAUAAAAAAUACCAGUGUAUAUUUUCACAAUUUAACAAAGAGCCCAACAGAAUACAAAUACAGAUAAGAUACGACACAAAUACAAACACAAAAACCAAACAGGUUCUAGAUA